AAAUAUUGGACAUAGCCUUAUGUCAGUAAAAGUUAUGUCAAAUAUUUUGUGACAGCUGUUUUUUGAAAAUUUAGGUUAUGUUGUGAAAAAUACUAAUUAAAAUUACUUUUUUUAAACAUUACCUGUAAUUAUUUAAUUAAAACUUAAUAAACAAGAUGAAUUUAUUAAGAAGAGGAAUGUCUCUGCUGUCUCUGGGUCUAAGAACACAACAAACUCCCUGCAGAGGUAUUUAUAGAGCAGCAUCAGUCAUUCCUUCGCCACUUUAUAAUUUCUCUCAAACACUGUCCCGUUUCUCUCCUCGCCCGGAGGGUCUGAUCUCUCGGGCGAUGGCUUCUCUCGCUCAGAUGCACAAGACAGGUCCUCACAUCAAGAAGAGAAAGUCCAGAAACCCGCUGAACGGAAAACCGUUUGCUAAGGGUGUGAUAUUAAAGACAUUGAUAAAGAAGCCAAAGAAGCCGAACUCGGCCAAUCGUAAGUGUGUGUUAGUGCGUUUGUCUAACGGUAAGGAGAUGGUCGCCUACAUCCCCGGGAUAGGACACAACCUUCAGGAACAUAACAUCGUACUCGUCAGAGUUGGCAGGGUAAAGGAUUGUCCCGGCGUGAAGUUGAAGUGUGUCCGAGGCAAGUUCGACUUACCUCAUGUCAUCAAACAGAAAGUAUAAAAGAAUAGAAACUAACUGCGUAGACUAAAAUAAAUACCUUAAGAAUUCA